GGGUAACUAAAAUGGCGGCAAUGAAAGCAAGUGGAUGUAGUUUUGGUCGUAUUUUUUCUUAUACUCGUAGAAAUGGUUUUAGUUCUCAUCUUAUGAACAGUUUUCUUCUUAGAGAAGGAAUUCAACUUCAGAACCUGAGGCAUCUUUAUGGAAUCCAGAGGUAUCAUCUGUGCAGAAGCAUUAGUAACUGUGUUAGUAACAGGCCGCUUAAAAGAGUUCUUCAACUUAUUGAGAAACCUCCCUUCCUUCAACCAGCUAGAACAAUGUUCAUUCAAACUCAAGACACACCAAAUCCCAACAGCCUUAAGUUUUUACCUGGUUGUGCAGUGUUGGAGAAAGGUACAAUGGAUUUUCCUUCAGCUAUGACUGCUCACAAAUCUCCUCUUGCUCGUCAGCUCUUCAGCAUUGAAGGUGUAAAAGCUAUUUUCUUUGGACCAGAUUUCAUCACAGUUACUAAAGAAGAAGAUGAAACAGAGUGGAAGGUUUUGAAACCCGAUAUUUUUGCUACAAUUAUGGACUUUUUUGCAUCUGGAUUGCCAGUUUUGACUGACGAACCUCCUCCGUCUGACACAGAAAUUCAGCCAGAAGAUAAUGAAACAGUGCAGAUGAUAAAGGAGCUCCUGGAAACAAGAAUUCGUCCAGUGGUCCAAGAGGAUGGAGGUGAUAUAAUUUUCAUGGUAAUAAUAAUAAUCUAUCUUACAGUCAGUUUUAAGUUUGAUAUCUGCUGAUAGUUGUAUGUUGUG